ACUGGGGACACUUGUCCCCCGCGGGUCUGGUCGCCUCUUCCGCCCUCCUCCUCCUCCUCAGCCCCCUUUAGAGCGCCGCCGACGCCAGUGCCUGCCCCCACCCCCCGGAAGAUGAUUGAAAUGUUAGAGAAGGGCGGCUGAGGGUCAAUAGAGGCAGAGGAGCGGCGGAGGAGAAGGCUCGUCUCCCUUCCUUCAGAGGGAAGACGAGCAGGAGCCGCCUCAGAGUCAGAGUCCUCAAGGCACGCUGCAUCUCCCCGCCCCACCACGCACGCGCACGCCCUUCUAUUUUCCCGCCCUUUCCUUGAGGGCGGCGUCUGCCUCCUGCCUGUGGGUGCGUGUCCUCCGAUGAGGGAAGAAGACGGGAGGCUGAGAGGAGAAGGGAGCCCACUGCGGCGCCAUUUUGUUACAAAAUGGAUGACACUAUCUUCAGCAACCUGGGCAAGCUACUCCUACAGCUUGUUUUUCAGACUGAGCAAGUAUCUUACUCUAAGGAACAUGUUACGCAGCAGAUACAGAUAUAUACUGCAAAUAUUGUAAGGGAGAAAAGUGAAAUCUGUCAUUUACAAGAAGAUAUUAACAAGAAUGAUGAGGUGAUCCUUAGUCUGCAUAAACGCAACAGUAACACUAAGGAGAACUGUAAAACUUGGAAACCAACAUACAUUAUUCUUAAUAAACAUGAGGAAUAUUUGCAGAAGGAACUCCAGAAGUGCCAAGAAGCAACAGAAAAAGACAAGAAAAUAUACCAGGAUAACAUGAAACAGUUUGAAGAGACUUUCAAGCAGCACCAAGCUAAAUAUUUAGAAACGGCAGCUGCACAGGAAUAUUACAGAGAAAGAAAAGAAUUUGAAGUAAUCCAAAGCCGAGUUCGGAAACAAUCAGAACUACUUAAACAGAAAGAAGCUGAAGUGAUGGAUCUUCAAGAUCCUGGUCCAUUUCCAUCACUUACUUAUUGGGCUUCACAGAUCGCAUCUUUGAGGCAAAGCACAAAGGGAACUCUUAAGAAUGCGGCAGUUCUCAGGCAACAAUCAUUUGAACUAGACAAAACAGCAGAGGAGCUAGAAAAUAAAAUAAAUAGUUUCAAACAGCUCAAGGCACUUGCUUUCAAGAUAAUCAUAAUAAAGCAACUUGAAAGAAUGACAGAAGAUCAAAAUCAUCCUGAAGUGAUAGAUGGGGGAAAUGCAAACAAUCUAGAAACUAGGAAGAAAUUUGAAGAAAGCUCAUUCAAAAAGAGUCAUCAGCUGCAUUUGUUAAAUGAGAAACAUCGGAUGUAUAAACCACUCCAUCUCCCUAAUGUUUCUCAGAAAUUAGUCCAAAGUGUACCAACUCUGAAGCCAUCAAUUCAGCACACACAGACAGAUGUGAAAAGGAAAGAAGAUUCUGCAGGACAUUCAGGAGUGUCCAGUACAUACUUCAGCUAUGUGGGAAAAGAAAUACAGAAAUGCAAUGACACCACGGGAACAAAAAAUGCAAAAACUUCCCAGGUUUCAUGUAUAAGAAGCUUGCAAAACCAAACACCACUCAGGCUGCUGUCUUAUCAGAAGCAAACAAAUAAUGAGCAGUGGUUUGAAGUGGAGACCCCAGAAAUAGCAGAAAAAGAUGUUGAAUGCACAAGAAGAGAAGAAGGAAACAAGUCAGAGCAUUCUGUAUAUGUAUCUCAAGAUGGGCAGACAGAAUGUUAUAUUAAGCCAACUGGACAUAAUUCUGCUGUAGGAGAAGAUCCUGAACACUUUCCUGAACCAAACGUAUUUCUGAAGACACCUGAUUUUAGUGGGGCAAACAUUCUACCUGAAUUACUUCAGACAGAAAGUGAAGGAUCAGUGUCCAAGUCACCUGCUUUUUCGUUUCUUAUGGGCUUUGCUACAAAGUCACCAGGAUUUAAUUUCUUUGAUUCUACUGAAUUUGGAGCUGAAAGUUCACCAGUUCAGACAGAUGCAAACUAUUCUGCUGGAAAUGUAAAUCCUGCUUCUCCACACAAAGAUAUCGGAGGUUUAUUUGGGAAAAUGGACACUGAGGAUUCAUUUGCGUUUUCAUUUCCAUCCUGCUCUUCUGGCCAAGCUUUUCAAGAUGGGAAAGAUGACUUCAGUUUUCCAUUUGCUUUUGGAUCAUCCCAGCCUGAGCCUGCCUCUGUAGAAGGCUUUCAAUCUUCUGUACAAAGCAGAAAAACCUUUUCUCUUUUUUGAAUAUAUUCUUUAACUGAGUUUAAAUUUUGUAGCUGCUUAGCCUGGACUAACCAUUUCAGCUUCCUACCUAAAAGAAGUAAGACAAUGAAAGAAAAAGAGAGCAUACAUAUUUUCAUUCCAGUGGUGAGAUUUUUGCAUCUAUCCGUUUAAAAUGAAUCCGAAGGUUGGAGUUCAUAGAUUUAAUUUAUUAAAACUGUCAAUAAACGUUUACUUUACAUAGCACAUGUAGCUUCAUUUCAGACUAGCUUAUUUAACAGGUUGGGUGCUAUUUAUUAAGAAAUGGAACUGUUGGUUGCAUAACUAUACCUGAAACAUUUAAGCAUGGGCAAUUUUGGCAAAGCCAUUCUGAUUUGUAACAGCCACAGAAUACCAGUCAUAGUGAUAAUAGUUGGUUUUAUUGAUUUUGGAUUUCCCUGUAAAAUGGUUUAUUUUUAAAUAAAAAUGUAUCAUAAUAUGAAA